AUGGCUGGUCCCCCGACUCCUGUGUCGGCGUGCCCACUCGUUUACUUAGAGAUCCGCGAUGGAGCGAAUGCCAAAGCCUAUAACUCUUCCCACCCACACAGUGCCUUCACUUUGACGAUCGAGGGUGAAAGGUCGAUCGGAUCAGAGAUGGGAAUCUUGGUUCUUUUGAUUCAUAAAGGCAAACAACAAGUGGUUUCCCUUCGACUCAGUGAAAUAAGAGGAGGACCAUCGUACUCUGCAGAGGUCAUCAGCAUCAAUAAGGAAACUAAUCGAAUCUGUGUAUCUGUACCCAAGAAGCCACAGGCGCUCCUCGCGCAGUUUGAGAGCAGGAGAGAUUUCAGUGUUGCUGUAUGCUUGCUGCAGAAGGCUGGGUUCUUCGCUAGCGAGGCAAUACCAGCAUCUCUUCUAACAGCUCCUCCUCAGCCUGUAUCUCAAACACACGAUGCCAUGUUUGACACAAGGCCACGACUAUCUUCAAUCACACCGCCGACUUUAUUGCCUCCGAAUCAUUUCCAAGGAACUGGUGCUUCACCUGACUUCUCGUUCACCACCAUGUUGAACGCUCCUUCUCAGCAUUCGCCAUUUUCGACUGUCCCGACCCCGUAUAUGGAACAGACACAAAGAGUGCAGUCAAUACCAAUGCAAAACUAUCUCCCAGGGACUCAAAUGCGGCAUACUACUCCAGGGACGGCACAACUCAACCCAUACCACAUGUUCCUUGAAAGAGACGGCACACACUCACAUAUACCUCGCAUUGGGUCGCCUUUGAGGUACUCCUUCAACUCGAGCCCGCCUCCGACACAGUCACCCAUCGGUAGGGCCGACAUGGCGAUGCCUCUAAGUGUGUCCACCACAGGCUCCCAUGCACAGAGUCUCUUAGUUCGUGGAAGUCCUGAAGUCGGCUCUUUUGAAAGUCGCUCGGAUGUUGAUACCAAGAGCUGUAAUACGCGUGCAGACUUGACAAAAGACCUUUCGCCCGAACCGUACCGUCAACAGCCGUUGCAAGACCAGGACUUUCGCAAACAGAUGCCUCGACCCAGACAGUUGCCAUUUGAUUCAAGCGCAAAGACCGCCGUACCAUAUAAGAAGCCUGAGGCGCAUAUAGGUAUACGAUCGGGGCUUGAGAAAUCCUCCGACUCUAGAAAACCUAGGAGUUCCCCAAGCCGAUCUUUAAGGAGAGAUCCAACCAAUUCAGGGAAAGGCCAAAGCACCGAAACCGCGUACAACACCACAAAUAAGGGGCUAAACCAGAAGAAUGGCAGAGUUCUUGCGUCAGAAGACACUGAUGAUUAUUCUAAUGUAACUAGCAGUUUUGAAGAUCAUCCUCCCAGCUCUAAAUCGGUGGGUACAUUUGCAAGUGUGAAAGCCAAAGAUGAUAUGUACAAGGACGCAGAAUGUCAGACAACCAUCCCAAAAAGCCCAAAAGUUUCAACUGGCUCCCAGAAGUCCCCAGAAUCAAGACAAGAAACCUCGGGUGUGGAGCUCCUACCAUGGGUUAUACUUAGUGACUACAACACGUUGAAGGAUUUGAAUCAAGCAACAACCCCGUUGGUUGAACAGUUCGAAGAAGAUGUUGCCAGGGGCGGCGAUGCAGCUUUGCUUGCACAGUUCUAUUCAAAGCAACUAUGGGAAAGACGCAGAGACUUCUGGUAUGCAAAGUUUCAAGUCAUGGUCAGCGGGCAGUGA